AUGGCAUCCAUAACACGACCAGUCGUCGCCAUCGCCGGAGCCACCGGCCAUCUAGGCAAGCACGUCACAACAGCCUUCCUCUCCUCGACCUUCCAAGACAAAUUCUCCGAAAUAAUCCUCCUCUCAAGAAACGAAUCAUGUCUCUUCCAACCUUCCUCCUCCUCCCAAUCCGGCGUGAAACUCACAACACGCCGUUACAACGAGACCAACCUCGAAGAAGCCCUACAAGGUAUACAAAUCCUCGUAAACACAAUCGGGCCCGCAGGCCACGACUUCAAAACAAGGAUUGCAGCCGCCCUCCCCCAAACAAACAUCCGAGUCUACUUCCCCUCCGAAUUCGGCGUCGACCACUACGGCCACGACUUCGCCCAUUUGGAGUGGCAUGAGAAGAAGAAACACCUUGCGAACGCGCAGCGUGUCGUUCCGCACAUGAAGAUCUGCAGGGUAUUCUGCGGCCUGUUUCUAGAAGACAGUAUCGGGCCGUGCUUCGGUCUCGAUACCCAGAACGGGAAGUAUACUAGUGUUGGGUCGUUCCGGUCGCCGAUUUCUUUUACCUCAAUUAGCGACGUCGGUAAGACAGUUGCUUCGCUGGCAACUAUGCCGACAGAGAAGAUUCCUGAUGUUGUUCAUGUUGGCGGUGAUUCGCGCUCGAUUGCGGAGAUUGCGGGGAUUAUGGAGUCUGCUGGUGCCGGACACAUUGAUAUUGACUGUCUCCCCUAUGAUAAAUAUAAGAAGGAGACUACUGCUGAGCCCUCGUGGAGACCGGCUGCUUAUCUGUGGUUCUUGAUGGGUGAUGGGGGUAUUGCUCAUACUCCUGCUUUUCUUAGGGAUGAUAAUGAGCUUAUUAAUCCCGGUCAGCGGCUGUGGAGGUGGAAGACCGUAGAGGAUUUGGCGAGGAAGACUAAUGGGCAGCCUAUGAAAGACGUUGUCUGGCCUCGUCAUAAAUAG